AUGUGCUCCAAGUGUUAUCGAGAUCACGUUCUCAAUUCGUCGCAAGCCGAAGAAGCUUCGUCAGCUUUAUCAGCACCGUCUAGCAGUUCGACAAAGCCUGCAGAGGCUAUGGAGGCUGACAAGCAUGAUUGCUCCUUUGACUACAAGGCUGCUGGUCGUGAGGCUAUUGCGAAGGCCAGCCCAGUGAUCAAGGCCGACAAGAUAGACCACCUGCUUCCAGUCGCUGGGCUUACGACUACGAUAUCAUGUCUAGCGUCUGGAAUGUUGAUACUGAACCAUCUUCGCUCUUACACAAAGCCAGAUGAGCAAAAGUGGAUAGUAGCAUGCGUCUUCAUGCCUCCCCUCUACUCCCUCACUGCGUAUGUUUCUCUGCAUGAGCCGCACUGGCGCUUGCUCUUACUCCUGGUCCGGGAGUGCUAUGAGUCAGCUGCGAUUUAUUCCUUCGCCAUGUUCCUAAUUUCUUGCCUGGGUGGUCAAGAGCGUACCAUCUGGAAGCUGUCAAGAAGCACUUACCAGCCCUUUGCUCGAUCCUCAAACCCCCCUCGCAGUCGUCGCGCACAUCCAAAUCCACCCAUUCAAAACUCCUCCCAUACAGCAGUCUCACCACUCCCUGCAAACCCUCUACCACCGGAUCACACCACGCAGAAAGCCAUCUUCACUCCGUCAAUCUUUUCGGCUUGGCAACAAACCGCCUUCUCAGAUUCCUCCAGGUCUGUGGGUCCCUCGGUCACACGCAAGGCAAGACCGAAGAGGUUUAUUCAAGAGUGCAUCCUUGAAGAGCCGCUACUGGAAGAGGAUGCUGAAGCUGAGGAGCCGUCCUCUUUAUCCUCGCCUACUACUGACCGUCAGCCUGAAUCCUUGACUGGGGAGAGUUUUACUGUGCAGCAUUGGUUAAGGGAUGCUGAAAUCAAGGGUGUUUACAGUCAGGAGGAAGGGCAUGAUGACGGCAAAUGGAGCAGAUUCUUGAGAGGAAUGGCAGGGAGUGGGCGUUGGGUGAGGAGGAGGGAGGAGGAACGCAGGGGGGCAGGAGGACAGAGGUGGGAAGGCGUGUUGGAACAAGGAGCGGAAUACGGUGGUGAUGUUAGUGGUGGCAGUGGCGAGGGUAGCAGUGGUGGCAGUGGUGCUAGCAGUGGUGGCAGUGGUGGCAGCAGUACAGGUAAUGUUGCUGGUGGCAGUAGGGGGCGGGGUGGUGCUGAUGUUUGGGCUCGUGCCGGUUCCAGUGGUUCAACUGCAGCAGCAUCAGCAGCAACAACAACAGGCCCAAUCAGAAUGCAUGUACCCUCCCAUUCUGAAAGGAUUUUUUCCAGGCAGAAAACAGACACUCUUAGUGCCAGGCACCAGAAACCCCUUCCAUACCGCACAGCACCACCCUCUCACUCCGCCUCUGAGUCGACGUGGCCAAGGGAAGGGGUAGCUGGCGGAGCAGUGAGACAGCAAACACCACAGUAUGCAGACAGCGAGGCCUGCACACGCGAGGAUGAGGGCUAUUGGUCUUCCACUGACGCAGAUCUUGAGUCGGGGCAGGGCGAGGGCGUGGGUGCGGGGUGCUGGGAGUCUGUGCGGCAGGAGGGCAUUCUGGGAGAGCUGGGGUCGUCAGGAUAUGACUGGAGAAGUGGUUCUGCUGCAGGUGGUGAUGAAGAAAGGGCAGGAGAAGCAGGACGGCGAUCAGGAGGGCGGGGAGGAGGAGGAACAGCAGCAGCAGCAGCAGCAGCAGCUGCAUCCGCUGCUGCAGCACCACGUCCACCACCAGGAGUGGGAGUGGCAGCAGCGGUAGCAGUGUCAUCUGGAGCAGCAGUGUAUGUGCACCCUGUGCCGCUGCGAUGGUUGCUACCGGAAUGGGUGCACGGGCAGCAGCUGUUUCAGGAGUGCAAGUUCGGCAUAGUGCUGUAUAUGGUGAUCAAGCCAGCAUGUGCCCUGCUGCAGGUCGUGUUUGGCCCGCUUGGACUCUACGAAGAGGGGGACUUCAGCCCAUACUCGCUCUACCCAUACGCAACGCUGCUGAUAAACCUCAGUCAGAUGUAUGCUCUCUACUGCAUAGUGGUGUUCUACCACGCCAUUGGCCACUACCUGGCGCACAUCCGCCCCUUGGGCAAGUUCCUCGCCAUCAAGGGCGUCAUCUUCGUCACCUACUGGCAGUCUGUCCUCAUUGCUGUGGUGGUCUUGUUCCUGGGGUUGGCUUCUGGGGGUGCGAGCCCGCUGCAUGGCUUGGACUGGCAGGAUGCGGUGCAGGACUGGCUUAUCUGCGUGGAGAUGGCAGCAGCAGCGCUGGCCAACCACUGGACCUUCCCAGUCUCGCCCUACACACGCUCCCGCCUCGCUCCUGCACGCAUGCAGCGCCUGCCAGCUGGCGUCGUGGCAGUGCUCGCUGACAUGGCGGACCCGUCCGCCCCGCUGGACCCUGAAGAGAUCCUGGCGAGCGAGGUGAUUGGCCGAAGCCUGUUCACGGGCAGCACAACUACUGCUGGUGCUGCUGUUGUUGAUAGUGAAACUGCUGCUGCUACUGUGGCUUCUGGAGGUCUUGGUAGUGGUGGUGCUGGCGGGUUUCGAGUAGCGGGGAUGGGAGGGGAAGGAGGGGCCUCAGGAGGAGGGAGAAUAGGAGAUGGGAGGGACAGAAGAGGGGGUGGAAUGGGGGCUGGAGGAGAUGCUGAUGGGAGAGGAGGCAGUGGAGUAGAAGUAGAAUGGAAUGCAGGAGGCAGUGGGGGAUUGGCCGGUGCUCUAGCUGCAGCGUCACGCGUUGUUGGAGCGCCGUUUCGGAGAGACAGGCGAGAGGAUGCAUGGGAAUACGCGUCUGACUACUUGGGAAGGAGGGACAUGGAGGUUUCUGAGAAGAUUCAUGAUGUCUUUGUCGGCGGUGGCACUGAUGCGUUUCAGGACAUGCAGGCAGCAGUGCAGCGGGGCAUGCAGCCCAUAUCCGCCGCAGUGGAGCCGCUCACAGCAGCGGUACAGCCCUUCUCUGCUGCUGUCACCAGCGCCCACCAGCAGGUCGCCUCCACGUGGCACCAGCUGCAGGCGUCCCUCCCUGCCCUCCCUGCUGCCUUCCUCCCUGCGGUUGCCAACUCUAGAGGGAAUGUGAGGGAUGGAGGUGUGGUGGAGAGGAGUGGGCGUGUGCGGGGGAGAGGGGGUGGAGGAGGUGGUGGGUGUGGGGCGGAUGGCAAGAGGUGGUCGGAAGAUGAUAUAGGGAUUGUGUUUCACGGCAGGGGAGGGGAGGGAGGGGCGGUAGUGGGAAUUGAGGCUCAAACGAUCGCGGGAAAUGGUGGGAGAAGGGCGCUUGGUGCAAGGGUGAUGCGGAAUGAUGGAGGCUGGGUGAAGGCAAGGCAUGGGGAGGACUGGAAGCAUGGGCCAACAGGAGGCGGCGGUCAUGAAACGAUCAAAAUAUGUGCUUUAGAUGCGAAUUCAACAGUCCUUCGUGUUGGAGUGGGAUGUGAUAGGCGUACAGAUAGGCCCGUCCGACGUAGUCGCAGCAACGAAAGUGUUGCAGGGGAGGCCCUGUAUUCUUUGUCGUAA